AUGCCAUCUUCAUCCAAUGUAGAUACGCGUACAUUCAAACAACGAAAAAGUUUCGCAACGCGGAAAGAAGAAGUUGCCGGCAUUCGUAGUAAAUUUCCAAACAAAAUUCCAGUUAUUGUCGAACGUUAUCAUAAAGAGAAAGAUCUCCCGAUUCUUGAUAAGACAAAAUUUUUGGUUCCUCAAGAGUUGACCAUGUCGCAAUUUGUGACAAUUAUUCGAAAUCGCAUGCAAUUAAAUGCUAAUCAAGCGUUUUAUUUACUGGUGAACAAUAAAAGUAUUGCAUCAAUGUCUACUUCCAUGGCUGAAAUCUAUCGUGAUGAUAAAGAUGACGAUGGUUUUCUCUAUAUGACGUACGCUAGUCAAGAAAUGUUCGGUGGUCUUUGUCAAUAG